UUAGGAAGGAAAUGGGAGAAGCUGAGAGACUUAAAAAGCACUCUUUUCAUUCUUUGAUACUUUCUACCUUCACUGUAGCAGGGUGGUACACAUACGUGUGACAGACGGCAGAGGCCAUGGUGGAGGAAAGAUUCUCAGAAGACCAGGCCUUUCCUUCUUCACUGCAGGAGAAGGGCCUUCAAUGAGGACAUAGGAUUGCCUCAUUUCAUAAUGGGGAGAGGCUCUACCAUGAGAGGAGAAAGCAGUGCAAAGGAUGGAAAGACUCCUCUUCUUCCCUUACUGCUGGGACUGAUGAAUCUCAGUGUGGUGAGCUGGGCCUGGACUGCCCCUGAUUGCACCAUAGCAGAUGCCUCCCUAUUGCCUAGGCUCUCCUAUUACAUCCCAUUCUGUUCCUUGGCCCCAGGACUACACUUUUUUGCAUCAUGCUCUAAUGUUAAAGACUUGGCUCAGACUCUGACAGCAAUACCCGAAAAAAUAGAGGUGCUUUGCCUUCAGGGCACAAUUCCAGUCCUGCCAAUUGAUGCCUUUGCUAAGUUCUCCUCUCUUCAGCUUCUAAGGCUACAGUUGGGCCCCAUCAAGAUUACAUCUGGGGUAUUUCAAGGGUUGGACCAGCUGCAGCACCUUUCCUUUGAGCAUCAUGUCCCCUGUUGCCUGAAUCUGUUCCUCUCUCCAGAUGCCUUGGAGCCCCUCAGAUCCCUCCACAGCCUUUCUUUUGAAGGCUACUGCCUGAAUUCUAGCCAAAAUAUCCAGCUGCCCAUUAGCCUUAGUCAUCUGACCCUAAGACACAGUUGUCUGACAGAGCUGCAGGAACUGCAAGGGAUCUUCCAAAAUCUUGUACCUGGUUCCUCUCAUACUGCCAGUUCUAUACCAUGGUCCAUCUCUGUAGAGGUGCUGGAUCUGUCUGGCAACCUGCAGCUGAGCCAGGUGGGCAUAGGAGCCUUGCAUGGCCUCCAGCUCCAGUCACUGAGGUUGGAUGGAACCCCAGUGAGUGCAGUAGGCCUCCCAGCCUCAGGGCUGCUCCACCUGGACUCCCUCUCCCUUGUGGAUAAAGGUAUAGAAAAAAUGCCUGAAAAUGUGACCAACUACUUCACACUUCGGGCACUCAAUCUUGGCAAGAACAAAAUUCAGAACAUAGAGGAUGGAGAUUUCUCAAGCUGCCACUCCCUCGAAGUCCUCAGCCUUCAUGCCAAUGGCCUGAAAUUUCUUUCCCCCAAGUUUCUGAGUGCCCUGCCCCAGCUUCAGAGAUUCAACCUAUCCAUGAAUAAGCUUGGCUCAACCUUGGUGCUUCCUCAAGGGCUGAUCAGCUCAAACCUGAGGGUGCUAGAUCUGUCCUACAAUGAGCUCUAUACUCUACCCUAUGGGGCCUUCUCUUCUCUUCCACAGCUUCAGGAGCUCUGGCUGAGUGGCAACUACAUUGCCAAUUUAUCCAGUGAGAACUUUCAGGGACUGAGAUGCCUGACCACUCUAGACCUGAGUUGGAACCAAAUUAAGGUUCUAAAACCAGAUUGCUUCUCCUCUCUUCUUGCCCUCACCUCACUGAACCUCCUGGGCACUUAUUUAGAGAGAGUUUCAGGCAAUCAGCUACAGGGUCCCCAGGAACUGAACCAUCUGCAGCUAGGAUCUUUUAUGAUGCUGGAUAUCUACCCUCCUUGGCCUCCUGCACUGCUCAGCCUGGAGGUAUGGACAGAAACAUUGCUUCAGUUUAGUGUCCCCAGUGGAGAACCUUUCUUGUUCUUGGAAAAUCUUACCAUACAAACAACGUACGUGAAACUGCUUCAGAAAAAUAUCACACUCCAUUUCCCCUCUCUGCGUUACCUCACUCUGCGAGGCUGCGACCCCUACAUUUUCACAAGUCAUCUGUCCGAGAGAUUCUUCCCACAGCUUCCAGCCUUGGAGCACUUGCACUUCUGGUCUGAUCAUAAUGGUCCAAGUGACCUGAGUCUGUCUGGGAUGCCCAGCCUGCGAGUGUUAGAGCUAGGAGACCUGGACUACUUCUCUAAGUCAUCGAGUUCAGUAAAGCUGGAGGUGCUACUGAAGGAGCUGCCUCAGUUACAGGUGCUGGCAUUGAGCAACCUCAACGUUGGGAACCUUUCUGUCCUUAGCCUCCAGGACUUGAGCCCCCUCCGGUUACUGCUUCUCAACUCUGAAUGGACCCUGGGGCUGGACAGUAGCCUCCAGGAGCUAAUCCCACAAAUGCCUCAAUAUGUUUAUUUCUCAGAUAUUACCUUCACCUGCCAGUGUGAAAGCUCCUGGGUGGGACCUUGGGCAGCAAGGGCUCCAAACACCUACGUGUAUGGGCUGGAGAAAUCCAUCUGCAUGGCCAAUGCCUCUGACUACUCUCAGACUCCACUGCUCUCCUUCCUUUCUAGUCACUGCCCACAUGACGCUGAGUUUCAGAGUUUUCUCGCCAGCUUCAUUCUGGUGCUUUUGCUGACUACUCUCGCAUUGCUUGUGUGUCCCAAAUGGCCCUGGCUUCACCACGUCCGCACUGUACUGCAUGCCUGGUGGUUGAAAUUGGGUGGGCGGGGCCCCAGAAGCCAAUUCCACUAUGAUGUCUUUAUCUCCUAUUGUGUAGAGAACCAAGACUGGGUGCUGAAAGAACUGGUUCCUGCCCUAGAAAAGCCUCCUCCAAGUGGUGGGGGCUUGAGGCUGUGCCUGCCUGAGAGAGACUUUGGGGUUGGACAGGACAGGAUGGAUGCUAUGAUCGCCAGCAUGGAGAACAGCCGAACCACCCUCUGUGUGCUCAGCUGCGAGGCCCUGGGAAGCCCCUGGUGCAAUCUGGAGUUAAGGCUUGCCACCUACCACUUGAUUGCCAGGCCUGGGACGGCUCGCCUUCUGCUGCUCUUUCUGGAUCCCAUUGAUCGGUGGCAGCUACACAGCUACAACCGCCUCCUCCGGUGGCUCCAGAAGGAGGAUUAUUUUGAUCUGUCCCAAGGAAAAGUGGAAUGGAAUGCCUUCUGUGAGCAACUUCGGAGAAGGCUAAGGAAAGCUGGACAAGAGAGAGAGGAUUAGGGCCUCGGAAAAAACGAGGUAGGCAUGCAGGAAUAACUUUCAGCAGGGGCCUCAAUACCAUCACAGGUAGGCUCACAGGGGGAGUCAGCAGGCAAUGCUUACCUCACUUCUCAAAGUAAAAACAGCACAGAUAAAGACACCAGAUGCCAAUGGGAAAUCACAUUUGAAAGCACUUGGAACCAAGGUGUUAAUUCAAAAACUAGUUCUGAUACCUACUAGUCUUUUCACAACAGAAGGCAUCCCCCAGAAAAGAAGAUACAAAAAGGGUUUGGAAAAUCCGAUGCUCAUUUUUCAAAGGGGAUUCAUUCUGUCUCUGUUGAAAGAAAUUUAUUCAUUUCUUUAGUAAAAAGCUAUUUUAUUCCAGAGGAAUGGGGCAAAAAUCAAUGAGCUGUUUGUCAGUGUUCUAAAGUUAAAUUGAAACUAUGCUUGCAAUUCACUAAAGGUUCAGCAAAUUUAGUUUCCCUAACUCACUUGGUUUUCAAAGCAGUAUCACAGGGGUGAGGAUAAUAGCUUAGUUCCUGUAUUACAGCUGGGAAUCCCAGCACAUAAAGGUUCAGUGAUUUAUCACCCUGGCACAGUUCCUGUGCCACAAAGUUCAGAUCUGACCCCAGUUCUCCUGAGUCAAAACCCAGUAGUCUGUGCUUUCAGCUGUCUUCUAGUUACCUCUAUCCGAUGACAAUUUGCCUCAUUACAAAGUAAAAGUCAGCAAAAACGGGGCAAACACUUUAAAAAUACAUGCACAUGAUUUAUUUCCAAGAAUUUUCUCUCAGAUUUUCAGAAAUUUUGCAUGGAAUAAAGAUUCUGUGCCCUCAAAUAGAUAAAGUACUUUGAAUGAAUGUAUAGAUAAAUAAAUAAAUA